CUACAAAGCACAACAGAAACUUUGGAGUGUGUUGUGAAUCAAGCAGACACCACUGUCGAUAAACUAAAGACCGUGUCAGAUUUUAUUGCUUCUGCCAAGCUAAUCGGAGUUGAUCAAGUUUUUCUACCUUCUAAUGUCCAAAGUGAUAUUGAUCAGAUUGGAAUAAGAAUUAAUUCUUCUGCUAGUGUCCUUGCUGAGAAAACUGUGGAUAAUUCGGAUGACAUACGUGAUCUCUUGGAUUCUGUGAGAGUGGCACUAAUCACUACUGCUGCCAUUAUGCUUCUCCUGACAUUUCUUGGAUUCUUGUUUUCAAUCUUUGGCAUGCAGUUCCUGGUGUACAUCCUUGUCAUUGUUGGAUGGACUCUUGUUGCUGGAACUUUCAUUUUGUGCGGCACCUUCUUCUUCUCCAUAAUGUCGCUGGAGAUACUUGUGUCGCUAUGGAUCUUUGGGUGCACAGCCCCACUGCUCAUACAGCUUUAGAUGAUAUACUUCCCUGUGUGGACAAAGCAACUACGCAAGACACCUUGUUAAAGAGCAAGGAAAUCACUGCCCAACUUGUUGAAGUGGUCAACCAGGUCAUCACCAAUGUUUCUAAUCUUAACUUCUCCCUCAACUUUAAGCCAGUGUACAUCAACCAAUCUGGCCGUUGGUACCAGUACUAUGCAACCCAUUUUAUGCCGACUUGACGAUCCGGCCAUGCAGUGCUGGUGAGGUGGACUUGAGCAAUGCGCAACAUAGGUAUGGAGGAGCUACGUGUGUCAGGUUUCACUGGCUGGGAUAUGUACCACAACAGGACGUUUGACCCCUACAUUCUACAGCCAGAUGUCAGCCGCAGUAAAUAUGGUUUGAACAAUUAUGCUCCUUUCCUGGUUGACAUAGGAGACUGCACUUUUGCAAAGGAAACAUUCAAAGACAUAUGUAAGGAUCAUUGUCCAAGCCUCAGGAGAUACAGUAGAUGCAUAUACAUAGGUUUGGUAAUGGUCUCUACUGCAGUUAUGCUUUCUCUAAUCUUCUGGGUCAUAUAUGGCAGAUAAAGGCGGCACCGUGUGUAUUCCAAGCAGCUAGUAUCUGAAUCAGCACAAGGUUCAGAAAGGGAAAAAAAUUCAUGAAAAAACAGAGCACUUCAUCAUAUUGUUGGCAUUUGGUUGAAGAGGUUUAUUCUGCUUCAUUUUGAUUUGCUGUUUCGUACAUGUGCAUGGUAGUUUUUCGAAUUUUUCUCCAAGUUAUGAUGAAAUUAUCGCUCAAGCGUAAAACUCCCAGCAACAUAUGCUUUAAGCCUGGUUGUGACAUUGUUUCCGUCUUUAAAAGGAGAGCAAGGAAAAGAAAUUAACAGCGAAUGAUGAGCAUUUCCUCUCAUGUU